CAGUUUCAAAAACAAAACCGGUAAGAGUGUACUGUAAAACCUAACAGCCGCAUUUGAAAAUGGCAUCGUUUAAACCAGCCUGACUACAGAACUAAUUGUCCAGACUGUCGGAAGGAGUUCAAUUGAUAUUGUUGGAGAAUGUCAAACAUUUUAACCAGUAUCACACAUGAGAUUGAAAGCUACAUACAAUGCACAGGAUCAACAAUGGCAAAUAUUUUCCAAUUUGUCACUUUAUUUGGGAAAUUUUUAUGGCAGUCAAUGAUUUUUAUUGUUGAAACUACCAUUUCUUGUAUGUUUUCUUUGGCUGAUGGUCUGUUGUCAGCAAAAAAUGAUUUUGUUUUGUUUAUCCAAGAUUUAACUGACGUAUUUGAAACUGUGCUCAAAUUCUUAGGUGAUACUGGAGAUCACAUUGUUCUAGCCAUUUUUAGUUGUGUGAAUUCCUUCAAAACCUUUUUCAUCCAGCUUCAUUUGCUGGUACAUGCAAUAUUUGAAAGUGUACUUGACCUAAUCCUAUGCACUCUCAUCAAUGCUAAAGCCUUACUGAUACUUAUCGGGAAUAGCACCAUCUUUCUUGUCCAACUAGGACCCAACCUUUUGUUAUCAAUUGCCUGUGGAGUUACCUCAGCAAUCAGUUGGUUACUGCAAUUGAUGUGGGACUAUUUUUUACGAAUAGCUAAUGCCAUUCUCGUGUUUUUUAAAAGUGUACAUUAUGAACUUAGUGACAUUCCACCCUCUUCUUUGUUUGGAGUGCUUCUUGCAAUAGUCAUUUCAUUGGUUUUCUUCUUUUUCUUGAAAUCCGUCUUGUUUUAUUGGCAAAUAGCAAAGAGUUGGAUAGCGGGAAAUUCUUGGUUACGUAUGCCAAAAUUCAAAAGACCGUCUUCGCUGCAACAAGGUGGAAAACUUGAAAUGGAAAACCAUUCUACCGGCCAUUUACUGCGCCAGUUGGAACAAGAGCGGGAAGAUAAAUUGUGUGUUAUUUGCCACGAUCAUUUCAAGUGUGUCAUUUUGCUCCCAUGUCGUCACUUUUGUUUGUGUCAAACUUGUGUGGAUACCAUACAAGAAUCGAAUCCGAUCUGCCCGCUUUGUCGCCAUUUUGUAACUCAUAGUCUGAAAGUGUAUACGUAGUUUGUCUUCGAAGUUAAGAAAAUACCAACUACUUUUCGUUAUGUUGCUCUCUCCAUUAUUGACAUCAGUUUUUUUCCCCUGAAGACUUGUACGAUUUUAUGUAAUAAAACUAGCCAAGUGAUACAACUA